CCCCCGUUGUAACCGGGACGAAGAGGGCGAGCGCACCGAACGCAGGCAGGCAGGAGCUCAUCUGACCUCAUUUGUGUUGCUGAUCAAUACGUGAGCGUGAUGAGUGAACAGCAACCGUGUUGGACUUGACUUUUACUGGCGCUCACAAGUGGAACGAAAGCAUUAAACGAGUCAUCAACCCACCACCGUCAACAUGACAAACGAGGUACAGGACGCGCAGGAGGUGGAGUCUAUCCCAGAAGUGGCCGCGCAUUCCACCCCCGUGCAGUUAGGGGAGGGUGGGCCAUCCCAGAACCGAUGCCUCUCAUUGGCUGACGAGCGGAGCGGUCACCUGUCGUCUAGCGGUCUGGUCGCUCCCUCUCCCGUCAGAAGAUCUCUGAGCUUCAGGACCAUGCAGACCAAAGUCACCCUGCUGGACGGGUCCGUCUUCAGCUGCACGAUGGAGAAACGUGCUCGCGGUCUUCAGCUGCUGGACAAAGUGUGCGAGCACGUCAACCUGCUGGAGCAGGACUACUUCGCCUUGUCCUUCAGAGAUGCAGACAACAACAAGAACUGGUUGGAUCCUGGAAAAGAGAUGAAGAAACAGGUUAGAGGCGUACCCUGGAACUUCUCCUUCAAUGUCAAAUUUUACCCCCCCGACCCUGCCCAGCUCUCUGAGGAUAUCACCAGGUACUUGCUUUGUCUGCAGCUCAGAGAGGACGUGGCUUCGGGUCGACUUCCAUGUUCCUUCGCGACUCACACCGUCCUCGGCUCCUACACCCUCCAAUCAGAGCUCGGAGACUACGACGCGGAUGAAUGUGGCUCUGACUAUGUGAGUGAACUUUGCUUGGCUCCAAACCAAAGCAAGCAAAUGGAGGAGAAGAUAGCGGAGCUUCACAAAAGUUACAGAGGAAUGACACCAGCUGAAGCCGAGAUGCUUUUCCUGGAAAACGUCAAGAAACUUUCCAUGUAUGGAGUUGACCUUCAUCAUGCAAGGAUGGUAGGAAGCCGCUUUGCUUGCUUGUCUUCAGGUCUCUCCGAGGACUCGGAGGGCGUGGCCAUUAUGUUGGGCGUGUGCAGUAGCGGCCUGCUGGUCUACAGGGACCGUCUGAGGAUCAACAGGUUUUCAUGGCCAAAGAUCCUGAAGAUCUCCUACAAAAGGAACAACUUCUACAUCAAGAUCCGACCUGGAGAGUUUGAGCAGUUUGAAUCAACGAUUGCGUUCAAGCUGCUCAACCAUAGAGCAGCCAAGAGAUUGUGGAAAGUGUGUGUGGAGCAUCACUGUUUCUUCAGACUAAUUUCUCCAGAAGAACCUCCCAAGCGUUUUCUCUCUCUUGGUUCCAAGUUCCGCUACAGUGGUCGCACUCAAAUUCAGACCCGCCGGGCCAGUGCUCAGAUUUCCAGACCUGCACCCCAUUUCCCGCGAUGCAUCAGCAAGAGGAACUUGCUGAGUCGCAGCCUGGACGGAGCUCCAAGUGAGACCCCUACCUCCUCCCUCAAUGGCUCUCCAGCCAUUACUGGAAGCGCACAAACAGACAUGGGCACGGGUCUAUAUUUGGUGUCGAAAGCCAUGACUGUCAGUGACCUCAUAAGCACGGUGACACCAGAGAAGAGGAGGGAGGAGCAGACUGAUGAAGGAACCAAUCAGGAGAAAGCAUUUAGACCAAUUGAGGAGGUGCAGGACAGUGUGAAGAUUGAGCAAGAGGUGGAGCAAGAGGCGGGGAAAGAGGUGGGGCAAGAGGCGGAGCAAUCCAAAGUAACGGCGGCAUCAGAGAGUCCGUUGACUCCCGACCAACUCGACCACAAGUUACAAAAUACAGAGCUGACAGAGACGAUGGAUGGAGACCUUACAGCCACUGAGUCUGAGCAGGAAGAUUUAAAAAGUGAUCAGGAAAUUAUGUCGAGUCCAGUGAAAGUUGAGAAGGUGGUGAGCGCCAUCAGCGACCUGCGGCGCUCCUUCUUAGAGGGAGGGGGGCCAGCGGGGGGUCCGACUGAGUGGGACAAGCGUCUGGCAGGGUCGCUUGUUCGCCGACUUGACGACUUGCCGAUGAUUGAACCUUUGGAAGCAGAUGAGGCUCAGCAGGGUGGGGCCACAGUAAAGCAAGAACCUACACAGACAAUCAAAGAGAAGAGCAUCACUCUGGGAUGGAGUUACGAUACCACCUCUGGCAGUGUUGUCACCAUAACCAACAAUGUUACUAUGGCAAAUUCAAAUAUGAGGAAAGUGACAUUGGUAAGAGGCAGGCUGUCCACAGGUGAAGAUGUCAUAACUGGGGGUAUGUCCAGCCUCAUAAGUCAGGCACAGAUCCCACUAGUGACAAACAGAGGAGCCGCGACUCCAAACAUUUGCAGAGGUGAAGACGCUCGUCAAAAGUCGCCCCAAGAUGAGCCGACGCCUGUGUUGAACGAAAUGUCUCCUGAGCUGAACACUUUGCUGAAGUUGGCCAGAGAACAAAAAAGCUUCAGAGAGGAAAAGCUGUUGAAGACUUCAGAGAGGGUGCAGAUCAUCACGGCGGUGACAAGGGAGGAGGAGUCAGUGUGUCAGGUAGCACCAGGAGGUUUUAUGGGACCACCUCCGUGUGAUCCCCCACCGCUCCCGCCGGGGGCUUCAGUGAUUCAUGCUGAUGACGCCGCAGAGGCCAUAGUCAGGGAUGCGAUUAAACAGGCUAAAUUGCUCAACCGUCAGAGUAUGUUUGAUGAUGAUGAUGAUGAUGACCAUGAUGAUCAUGAUGAUGACAAGCUGAGUAACCAGGAUAGUGAUGAUGAUGUUAGUGAGACUAGCCAAGAUGCUAUCAGCAUGUUGGCGCAGGCAGUUGUGGAAGAAGCCAUGGAGACUGGGGUCAGACAAAGUCAAAGCCCAGUAGCUGGCAUUGCUACUUCGGAUAGCAUAAUCUCUAGCUUUUCUUGUAAGCCUGACCAGCACAUGCUGACCACAACGGAGGCCAGCAUGAGCCCCAACAUCAGGACCCGUUCUGUUGUGGCCACUCAGCUGGCUACCAGUUCAAAACUUCGCUGCCGUGACGUGGAAGACUCCGACGAUUCCGGUGAGGAGGAAGGCGGCUGGGGGACUCGCGAAAACUCCCCUUCCCCCACUCUACCGCUGCACACCUGCCAAGACUUGCCCGGCUCAACCAAUGAAAUGCAGCCUUGCAACCUCAGCGACGAAGACAAGGAUGGGGAACCUCUGCAAGAGAGGCGAGAGGACGCAGAGCGUCCUGUCGGACUGCUGCUGACUUCCCAGAGCUUCACCGCAGAGACGUCCAGCAGCUCGCACGUUACCAAGAUGGUGAAUCGAGGGAUUUCGGAAACCAGGAUCGAGAAGAGAAUUGUGAUUUCUGGAGACACAGAGAUGGACCACGAGCAGGAAGUUUAAAGACGCGAAUGACAACAUGUCACCGAAUCCAACGAGAGGAGGAAACGGUCACUCUGCAGCGUGACCUCAUGUUCCCGUAGCAAGCAGACACGCCCACUGUAAUAUUUGCUUUUAUUUUGAUAGGCUGAUUGCAAAUUCCUGUCUCGAAUAAAGUUUAAAUAGCAUGACUGCCAGCAGAGCGUAGCAGCUAAAACUUUAUUUAUUGUGUUAUUUUAAUCAUUGAGACAAUGAAAACACACAAGGUAAUAAGGGCUGUAAUGUUAACUAACAACGCAGAUUGUUGAUGUAGUGUUGCUUACUUGACAAAAGUUCACAUUGGCACCAACUUUUAACAAGUGCUUCAGUCUACAUUUGUGAUGUUAGCAUGCUAAUCUUGCUCCCUAUUUACCAAAACAGAAGCUGUAUCCAGUCCAAUUAUUUGAUUACUUUGCGCAGAUCACCUUGUCACUUCUGCUCAUUUGGCAUUGAAAUAGGGUAUCAUAAACAGGUAGAAAUAACUUACUUACUUCGUACUAUACCCCAUUAUUGUGGCAUACACCUAUGUAUGCUGUCUUUAUAUAUUAUUUAUUGUUCCUCAAACAACAACUGCUGUGUAAUAUGACAUCAGGUCGAGACUAGACUGGCAUAAUAAAAUAAUGAUGUCAACAGUC